UCUGCCUUGGUUGUAUCUUCUUCCGGAUGCCCCUUCCCCCAGAAGAAUAGCUAAAGUUACAGAACUGUGGUCUUCAGCUCAGUGCCGUGUCACUUGCUGGACCUGCACAGAGGAAAACAGAGUCAAAGCUCUGCCUUGAGAGGAGUGAUUUCCCUCAAGGACAUCAACAGGGGCACUCUGCAUGACCUCCCUCAGCUUCAGGAGGCGACACCCCAACCCCACCCGAAAUGACAGGCAACUGGGACUGUGGAGCCCACAGCCCAGAUUUCCAUAUGCCGGGAGAUGCCCAGCCUAGAGGUAAUCACACUCAGUGUCAACAGUGUCUCCACCCUGGAACCAGUGCGCAGCUGCAGGCGCCUGAGCGAGCUGUACCUGAGGAGGAACCGCAUCCCCAGUCUGAACGAGCUGUUCUACCUAAAAGACCUGCCACACCUCAGGGUGCUCUGGCUGGCCGAGAACCCGUGCUGUGGCACCAGCCCGCACCUUUACCGCAUGACCGUGCUGCGCAACCUGCCCCACCUGCAGAAGCUAGACAACCAAGCUGUGACCGAGGAAGAGCUGACCCGUGCGCUGAUGGAGGGAGAUGAGAUCACUGCUGCCCCGCACAGAGAAGGUGCAGGCAAUGGCUGUCCCAAGCCCCCCUACGCCCUCAACUCUGUCAGCUCUGCAACUGAGACCAGCCAGAACCUGCUGAGCUACACAGAGGAGACAGAAGUCCAGGGCCAGACUACCACAGACCAGUCUCCUUCCUUCUCACCAAGGGACACCAUGAGGAGUCACAAGAAUAGGAACAUCCUGACCGCCAUAUUGCUACUGCUGCGGGAGCUGGAUACGGAGGGGCUGGAGACUGUCCAGCAGACCGUGGGCAGCCGGCUACAGGCGCUGCACAGGCCGGAGCCCCAGGAAGACAUGGAGUGAUUUCAGACGCCCCAGUAUCUGGACCCUUUUAUAUUCUGAGGAAACACAGCCCUACCUGGAAAGCCUUCAAAGCAGGCCCAGUGGCUGCCAGCAAGGCAGACCCCUCUCCUGUGCUUAGGGCUGGCAGAAAUGCUGCCCACCAGCAUGGUCCCUGGGACUUACCUGCUGAGGCCUCGGAGCUCUGGGCACUGUUUGACCCUUCCUCAAGGGAGGCCAGAAGGAGCCAUACCCUCCAAUAAAUUAGCACUUUCUGUUUGGGCUGGAAGGUCUGGGACAGGAAGCAUCUCGGGGCCUUGACGUUGAGGUUCAUGUUGUUUCUCAGCCACUAGGGGGAGCCCUAGUAUCACUGUGUCAAGCCUACCCUCGGAGAUGCCUAGAAUAUCUUUACGGGGCACUGUGUCCCAGCUGUCCUUAGACAUAGCCUGGGAGAAUGGAAUUUUUUUGUUUUUUCAGGACAAGGCUGGUCAGGACACUGUCCUUUUUCUUUCUUCUUCAGGAGAGGGAUGUCACCUAGGUAGACUGACUGUUGCUCGUCAUUCUGAGGUGCCAGAUGCCAUUGGUAAAGUUGUCUUCGUUAGAGCCAUUAAUUGGGGGAGGCCCUGUAGCUUAUCUAGGCAGGGCCACGUUGGUGCCCUGGGGUGACCUUACACCUGCCAUAAGAGAACAAGCCAGGAAAGGUCCCAAGAUUAGCAUAUGUAAAGCAACCUAAGCAAAAAAGUCUAGAAGGGCCCUUAGAGGGACAGGUAGAACAUGCCAAAGAAGGCUGCUGGCUCUGUAGGUGACCUGUAAGGGUCUCAAUGCUGACGGUUCAGGGCAGCUGGACCCUUGGCUUUGCUCCACCGCUGGCCCACUUCCAAACCUGGGAGUGCUUUCUCUCUUAAUAAACCGUUUCUACCAGUG